AUGUGCGGCGUGAUGGGGAAGAUCGUGCAGGACCGCUCGGCGCUCUCGGUGCUGGUGCGCGGCAACGCGCACUGGCGAGGCCUGGCCGCGGCGCUGGUUGACGAUGCUGUGCUGGCCGCGCAGGAGACAAAACAGCUGUGGCGCGAAGACGGCUUGCUCAUGCUGGUCAAGUGGCCUGUCCUGGUGGUAGGGACGAUGGUGCCCUUUGGCAUCUUCGGAAUGGCCACCCAGCCUCUGUUUGACCAGGCGCUCGGGGUCGGUGAAGAGGACAUUGCGGAGCAGACAAUACGCUUCCACACCAGUCGUGUGCUUAACACCACUCUUCUAAUGCUGGUCGUCCAUCCGUACAAUGUUUUGCUGGCGAGCUACGUCGCGCGCAACUUUCCAUCCUGGAAGGUGGCGCUGGUGGACCGUGUGGUCAAGGGCAAGGACCACUUCUACUCCUCCUGGCUCGCUUCUGCCGCCGUCGGGCCAGUUAUGUGCGGCUUCGACUUUGUGCGUGCCAAGCUGCUGCAUUGGCACAAGGCCGCACUCUUCCCCGACUUCAUGCCGCCUCGCGCUGGCGACGACGAAGAAGACGACAUUGACAGCGAGGAGGACGACAGCGAGGAGGAACUCGGCGAGCCAUCAACCGCCCGGCGAGUGGCCUAUGUGGCCAGCACCGCCCUGGCGCUGGUGACAACGUGUAGUUUGGGUGCGGUCUUGCUGACCCCGCUGGAAACCAUCACGAUGCGCAUGGCUGCGCAGCCGCAUGUCUAUGGUCCUCUCGGCACCCUCGGAACCAUGGCGGCGAUCUACAGGCAAGAAGGCGUGUGGGGCUUCCUCCACGGCUUGGUGCCCUCGAUCAUCUUCCAGUGCAGCCUGGGCCUCUUGGCUGUUGAGUCCGAGGCCAACACUGGCCAUGUUGCCCUGUAG